ACAAUUUAUAUAAAUAUACUGUUUUAUCAUUUCAUCAUAUUUUUUUUUUUAUUAUGUUAUAAUUUGAAGUUCUUUAUUAAUAGUACAACAUACAAAAGAUUCUCUGUUGAAAUUGGUUCAUUUAUAAAAAUUAAUUAAUAUUUGAUCUUUGUGAAUACCUAUAGUUUUGAUUUUAUACAUAUAUACACGCUGAGUUUAUAAGUUUUAUCAAUAUAACUUUCCUUAGCAACAGGAGCUUGUUUAUUUCAACCUAGAACUUCAGACAAGCAGUGGAAGAGUAAUUUUUUAUCAAGGAUUUUUCAUUUCGUUCUUUUUGUAUAUGCUAUAAUAAUUAUUUUUUAUUACUACAUAGUUUAUAAUUAUGGCUACUGCAAUACCUGAAAGAAUGAUCCCUUCAGUGGAUACUUUAGUAAAGUAUGAUAAUCCAAUGUUGGUUACUACUCGACCAGAAAAGACUAAAGAACCGUCUACAAGUAAAACUGGCAGUGCUGCAUGUAAAGUACAACCUACUACAUUAACUGCUGAUAUUCGAAAAGAAACUAUUGAAAUAUUGAAUGGUAUUCUGCCACCAAAAGAAUGGGAGGAGGAUGGUCAAAUUUGGAAACAGCAGAUUUCAAGUACACCAGCGACUAGAUUAGAUGUUAUUAAUCUGCAAGAACAAUUAGACAUGAAACUGCAACACCGUCAAGCCCGAGAAACUGGAAUUUGUCCUGUUAGAAGAGAACUAUACACGCAGUGUUUUGAUGAAAUAAUACGACAAGUUACAAUAAAUUGUGCAGAACGCGGUUUACUGCUUCUUCGAAUAAGAGAUGAAAUUCAAAUGACUAUGGCUGCCUAUCAGACACUUUAUCAAAGCAGUAUAGCUUUCGGAAUGCGCAAGGCUCUACAAAAAGUAUCACAGGCAGAACAAGGUAAAGAAGAUUUGAUAGCUGCUGCAGAGGAGCUACGCCUGCAAAAAUCAGAGUUGGAAAGAACAGUAGCAGAAUUAAAACAGAAAUUUGAUCAAGCUGAACGAAGAGCAGCUGAACUACGAGAAGCAGAAGAGAAAAAACAUAUGGAGGAGAUACAAUUUUUGAAAAAGACGAAUCAACAACUAAAGACUCAAUUAGAAGGAAUACUAGCACCCAAAAAAUAAUUUCAUGAUAGUUUCUAAACCACCUAUACUUAAAUUUGCAGAAUCAAAAAAAAGCAAAAGUUACUCUAACUAAAAUAAAGUAAUGUUUUAAGAUAACAAAGUCUUUUUCUUUUAAAAUAAAUGUAUGUUUAUCUGCAUAAGUUUUCCUUACAAAUACACAUGUGUAGGAUUAUAAAACGUAUAAAUAUUGCUUAGUAAAGAAUACAGUUGUUUGUAAUAAAUAUAUGCUUUUCAAUCUAAAUACUUAAACACUUCUAAUUCAACAACAAAUUCUUACAUCGUCGCUCGCUUAUCAGUCGCAUAUCAAAGCUGUCGUGUUGAUUGAAUAGUAAAUAGACAAUAUUAAUCAAUAUUUUUUCAUAUAAAUCUUUGCAUUUAUUUUUUAUAAAAAA